CUCAUCAUCCUCCUCCUCCUCCUCCUCCUCCUCUUCUUCCUCCUCUUCCUCCCUCCUUCCUCCUCCUCCUGGCCGGUGGCCGUGGCGGUUCGUCAUGUCUUCGGAUUCCGGAAAUUACAGUCAGUCCGGGAGCCAGCAGCAAAGCUACCCCUCCUACGGUAACCAGAGCAGUCAAAGCUACGGACAGACGUCCCAGGGUUAUUCCGGCUACGGGCAAUCGUCCGACUCCUCUUACGGACAGAACUACAGCGGCUACUCCAGUUACGGACAAGGCCAAUCAGGUUACUGCCAGUCCUACGGCGGUUAUGAAAACCCAAAGCAGAGCUCCUACGGCCAGCAGCAGUGUCACAGCAACCAGGGGCAGCACAGCACAGAGUCGUCAGGAGGCCAAGGUGGACGGGCCUCUUCCUACGGCCAGUCAGAGUACGGUCCCCAGGACUCUUACGAGCAGCAGUCCGGCUAUGACCAGCACCAAGGCUCCUACGACCAGCAGUCCGGUUACGAUCAGCAGCAGGACUCGUAUAAUCAAAACCAACAGUCGUAUUCCUCUCAGAGGGAUGGGUACAGCCAUCACCAGCAAGAUGACCGUCGCGACGUGAAUAGGUAUGGAGAAGAUAAUAGAGGCUUUGGCGGGUCUCAGGGAGGAGGUAGAGGGCGUGGGGGAUAUGACAAGGAUGGAAGAGGUCCCAUGGCAGGUUCCAGUGGUGGUGACCGCGGUGGCUUCAAAAAUUUUGGUGGGCACCGGGAUUACGGACCAAAAGCAGAUGCCGACUCAGAGUCGGACAACUCCGACAACAACACCAUCUUCGUGCAAGGUCUGGGCGAUGAUGUGUCCACCGAUCAAGUGGGCGACUUCUUCAAGCAGAUUGGCAUCAUCAAGACAAACAAGAAGACGGGCAAACUGAUGAUCAACCUCUACACUGACAAGGACACCGGCAAACCCAAAGGGGAGGCGACGGUCUCUUUCGACGACCCUCCUUCCGCCAAGGCGGCGAUCGACUGGUUCGACGGGAAACAGUUUAAUGGCAACGUCAUCAAAGUGUCCUUCGCCACCCGGCGGCCCGAAUUCAUGAGAGGUGGCGGGAGCGGAGGAGGGGGCCGGAGAGGCUCACGGGGAGGCUACCGAGGCCGAGGAGGCUACCAGGGGAGAGGCGGGGACCCCAAAAACGGCGACUGGGUUUGUCCAAAUCCGUCCUGUGGGAACAUGAACUUCGCUCGGCGGAAUUCCUGCAACCAGUGCAACGAACCCCGGCCGGAGGACUCCCGGCCCCCAGGAGGAGACUUCCGGGGAAGAGGCUACGGUGGGGAGAGGGGGUACCGAGGCCGCGGAGGCCGAGGCGGCGGGUACGGCGGAGACCGCGGCGGGUACGGCGGAGACCGCGGCGGCGGCGGCGGCGGCGGCGGGUACGGCGGAGACCGAUCCGGAGGGUACGGGGGCGACCGAGGCGGAGGCUACGGCGGAGACCGGAACAGCGGCUACGGCGGAGACCGAGGGGGCGGCUACGGCGGAGACCGGAACAGCGGCUACGGGGGAGAUCGGAACAGCGGCUACGGCGGAGACAGGAACAGCGGCUACGGGGGAGACCGAGGCGGCGGCUACGGCGGAGACCGAGGCGGCGGCUACGGCGGAGACCGAGGGGGCGGCUACGGCGGCAAAAUGGGAGGACGGAACGACUACAGAAACGAUCAACGCAACCGGCCUUAUUGAAGCCCACUGUGAACGCCCCUCAGACUGUGACCUUCCCGACAGUGAAAUCACCAGAGUUUCCGCCUGCUGCUUUCCUCGCGGCCUCCUCGGGUAGUGGGAUUUACGUGACCUUCGGAUUUUCAUUUUGGUGGGCGGGAAGGGGCGGUUCUUUUCUUUUAGCAGCAUCCACUGAGAUUUCCCCCUUUUAAAUUUCCAUCCGUCUCCCUCCUCCUCCUCCCCCACGGCCCCCUUCUCCCCUCCCCGCCUCCCCCGAGAAGCCGAGUGCGUUGUAAAAUAUUGCCAAAAUGGAAAGUGUUUUGUAAUACUGCAAUAAAGGCUGCCUGUUUUAUUUGUGGAA